CGAGGAGGAGGCGAGCCGCGAUGGCGGAGGCGCAGAGCAGCAGCCAGCCAGGGGGCGCUUCAGGCCCGGGCUGGGUUUGCAGCUUGAUAUGGAAGACCAAAGAACUUCCGUUCUCCACAGGGUGGUCAAUUUUGCCCCUGAUCCUCUCCCUGCCAGGCAGUACGACACAAAGACCACUGAGCCGAUCAGCUUCUACUUUUCGGGCUUGGAAGAGCUGCUUGCCUGGAAACCCACCAGCAACGACACUUUCAAUGUGUCCACCGAGCUGUUGGCCAAACGGCAGCCCCCGCUUGACAGCCCUAGGCCCCGCACGCUGGUGUGCCAUGACAUGAAGGGGGGCUACCUCGAAGACAGGUUCAUCCAGGGCGCAGCGGUACGUGACCCUUAUGUGUUCUAUCACUGGCACUACAUUGACAUCUUUAUAUACUUCAGCCAUCACACGGUCACGAUUCCACCCGUGGUCUGGACUAAUGCUGCUCACUGCAACGGGGUCCCCAUGCUGGGGACAUUCAUCACGGAGUGGACGGCCGGCGGGAAGAUGUGUGAGUCGUUCCUGGCGGGCGAGGAGGAAGCGUACCGGGCCGUGGCUGAACAGCUGGCGUCAAUUGCGCAGUUCUACCGUUUUGAUGGCUGGCUGGUCAACAUUGAGAACCCCUUGACUGUGACGGCAGCACGGAAUGCGCCCCGCUUCUUGCGAUACCUGACGGACCAGGUGCACAAAGUUGUGCCUGGAGGUCAGGUGUUGUGGUAUGACAGCGUCCUGUCAAGUGGGCAGCUCCUGUGGCAGAAUGAGCUUAAUAAGAAGAACAAGGUUUUCUUUGAUGCUUGUGACGGCUUCUUUACCAACUACAACUGGAAGGAGGAGCAUCUGUUGCGCACCAGAGAGGUGGCAGACGAUCGCCGGAUGGACGUCUACGUCGGGGUGGACGUGUUCGCGCGUGGGGACGUCGUGAGUGGCGGCUUUGAUACUAACAAGUCCCUGCGCAUGAUCCGGGAGCAGGGCCUUUCGGUGGCCAUCUUUGCACCUGGCUGGGUCUACGAGCACCUCGGCCCGACGGACUUCUUGAACAACGAGGACAAGUUCUGGGCUCUGCUCUCCCAGCUGCUGCCUAUUCACAGUGUGGGAUCCCUCCCCUUUUGUACUGGCUUCAACCUGGGCAUGGGCAACCGGCGCUUCAGCAAGGGGCAGGAGAGCAGGACUGAGCCGUGGUACAACCUGAGUGGGCAGGACGUCCAGCCGCUGUACACCAACCAAACAAUGUCCCGUGGCGGCUGGCUGCGGACCCGGUGCUGCCUACAGGACGCCUGGUGUGGAGGCAGCUCCCUGCUGCUGGAGGGGGCCAUCCCACCCCAAGUUCAUCAAGUCACUGCAAGACUCUUUUCGUUCCAGACGCCAGCCCCCACUCGGCUAUUCCUGGUCUUAAUCCAUAAGCAGGGGGCCUCCUCCCAGGCAGUGACCUUUGCCCCACAGCUCACCACGCGGGAGUCGCUUUCCUGUCCCACCCGUGAGGAGUCUCCUUCAACAGAAGCGAGACGACACAAGCCCUCCCCGCUCCUCACGCCUCCUCCCCGCCUGGCUCCGUUACUCCGAGGGUGUGGACGACAUGGAGAACGUGGCUGGCAAAGCCGGUGUUAUGAGCUGGAGCUCCAGAAUUGCUUCCUGGACGACCUUUCAGUCGUGGUGUCCCGCCGCCAGGCUGGUCAGGCUGAGGUGCCCUUCGCGUGCCGCCUGGGCAAGAUCUGGGUGUUGGAUGCUGCCACUCUACGCUCGCUGCCGCCCGCGGAUGCUGCCACUCCGAAGUGGUCCAUGGACGUUGCGCACGUCCACUGGCGUCGGCCUCCGGCUGGACAGCAGCUCUCUCUCAGCCUCACCUUGCGCUGGACGUACCCUCCCAGCAAGGCCGUCUGCUUCCACGUGCACUACCGGAGCGGGUCGUGUGUCAGCGGUCCCGAACCCCCUCUGCUCUGGAUUGGGGAGGCGCAUGCCUCCAUGUACCGCGUGACGGAGCUCAUGGUGCCUAAUCCUCAAUCUGAGUCUUCCUGCCGCUUGGAAUUCCUUGUGGAACCCGUCCCUGAGGAUGGGCUCCCAGUAGAGAUGGAAAUGUGGGGGAAAUUAGUCUUCGUGUACUCCACCCCAAAACUACCCAAUCCCAGCACCAGUGCCUGAGAUGGCCCUCUGCUCAUUAAAUUAUUUUAUACUUUGA